UACGGUAAACGUAAGGGCGAUCAGCCAAAGGGAGGAACUAUGUCUUCACGUAAAACGUAUACGUCACUACCUGGGUAUGAUGGAUGUGGCCAUAUUGAAAUAAGCUACUCCAUACCCAACGGGAUACAAGAGUUUAUUCACCCAUCUCCGGGAAAGAAUUAUCGUGGAUGCCACUGGACAGCUUAUCUGCCAGACAACAAGGAGGGGAAUGAGAUCGCUGCUCUAUUAAAGAAAGCCUUUGAUGCACGUCUGAUUUUCACCAUUGGUCAAUCAAGAACACGUGGUACUGAUGACGUGGUAACGUGGAAUGAUAUCCACCACAAGACAAAGAU